AUGGCUAGAAAUAUUCAAAACCAAAUGUUCCCCGAAUUUGAGAAUUUUGGCAAAGACAUUAGCAUAUUAUUAGAUUGUUCGAAUGCUACGCCCAUCCGAUGUCGAGGUGGAAUUGGCUACAAGUGCUGUUUCUGUCCCGCUGAGUUCCCAGACGCCACUGAUCUCAAGAGACACACUAUCGACCAACACGAUAGUGAGACCAAGAGGGGUCUCAUAAAAGGUAAAUAUACGUCGACAGUUCUCGUCAAGUUGGACAUUACAUCCCUACACUGCUCGCUCUGCAAGACUGAUAUGAGCAACUUGGAGCAAUUAAUAGAUCAUUUAAUAAUAAUUCACGCCAAGAAUAUCCACAGGAACAUAAAGAACUACAUUUUACCUUUCAAAUUCCACGGAGAGGAACUCAGAUGCAUCAUAUGCUAUUCUUUAUUCAACAAAUUUAAGGUUCUCCAGGAGCAUAUGAGCACACAUUUUAGGAACUAUAUAUGUGAUGAUUGUGACGCUGGCUUCGUCACGCGAAUGAUCCUUUUAAAUCAUAUAAAAUGUCAUCAGUUAGGAUCAUUCAAAUGCGACUAUUGUCCGAAGACGUACAACACUCACAGGAAAAAGAAAUCCCACGAGCGUUUGGUCCACGUUCACAAAAGUAUGCUGAACAAAUGCGGGUACUGUAACGAAAAGUUCGACAGAUACCAGAAGAGAGAGGACCAUCUGGUGAAGGUCCACGGAGUCAGAUCUGUUACAUUUAAUUGCCAAGCGUGCGAGAAGAUAUUUGUGUCACAGCGAGCGCUUCGUGACCACACGAAACGUGACCAUUUGAUGGAGAAGCACCACGCGUGCAAUGAGUGUGAUAUGAAGUUCUACAGACCAUGUGAUUUAUCAAAACACAUGGUCAAACAUAGAGGAAUCAGGAAAUUUAAGUGUGAAGUGUGCUUGAAGUUAUACGUCAGACGCAAUACUCUACGCGAACAUAUGCGGAUACAUGCUAAUGAUAGACGGUUUAAGUGCGAACACUGCGAACAAGCAUUCGUGCAGAAGUGUAGCUGGAGGGGACACAUGCGAGCAAAACACGGCGAAGGUGUAUAA